CGUAAAAAUAAGACUGGAUACUAUAAAGCGGAACUAAUGCCUGAAGGUCUCGAAUUAACUGACUUGCAUAAAACCAAAUGGAACUUGGGCAAACAAAUUGGAAUAGGUGGCUUUGGAAGAAUCUAUUCAGCCUCGAAAGCCUGUGACAGAAAGUUGAAUGGUACUGACGGACAAUAUGUGAUAAAAAUCGAGCCUAAAUCUAAUGGACCCCUAUUUGUAGAAAUUCAUACUUACUUACAGCUUAUGCUCAAAAAUGGUGAGUUGAAAAAAUCUAAGUAUACUGGACUUAGUCAUCUUGGGUUGCCUCGCUUUGUUGGCCAUGGUCGCCAUGUUUACAAUGGUACUGAAUGCAGAUUCUUAGUAAUGGAAAGGCUAGGAAAUGAUUUAGAUUUAUUAUUCGAAAAAAGGCGAAGUGAUUUCACUCCAUCUACUAUCUAUAGUAUUGGGAUAACGAUGUUGAAUGCUUUAGAGUAUAUUCAUAAGCAUGGAUAUAUACACGGAGAUAUUAAAGGAUCUAACAUUCUUCUUGGAUUUAAUGAAGAAAAUUUAGAUAAGGUCGUUUUAGUCGAUUUUGGUAUCGCUCAAAAAUUUAUUCAUAAUGGAAUACAUAAACCUUACAUCGAGGAUAAAAAAAGGGCGCAUGAUGGAACUAUUGAGUUCACAAGUCGAGAUGCGCAUCUUGGAGCAGUACCAUCACGUCGUAGUGAUUUGGAGAUACUUGGUUACGUUAUGACGAGAUGGUUAUGUGAAAAAUUGCCUUGGGAAGAUAAUCUUACAAAUCUAGAAUACGUAAAAAAUGAAAAGUUAAGAUAUUGUAGAGAUAUCAAAGUUUUCAUGCGUGAUUGCUUUCAACACACCCAAAGAAAGAAUGAAUGCCCUGGUAAUAUAUGUUUUCGGUAUAUGCAAUAUGCAGUAGGUUUAGAUUACAAAGAAGAACCAGAUUAUACUUAUGCAAGAAAUAUCCUUCAGAGUGGAAUGAAGAGGAAACCCGUCAAAGGACUCUCAGCUCGUCGCACGAAAAUUAAAUAG